AUGAAUCUCGCAUCGAACCAAUCCUACUGUGCUGUAGAGAUUCAAGACGAGAAAACGAGAGGGAAGGUUGUCGAUGAUGAAAAGGAAAACAGCCGACUAAAGAUUUUCCUCUGUGUCAUAUUCUACGGAGUUAUCGAAGCUUUUGAAGACGUUGACGAAUUCUUUCAGGAGUGUCAGAUGUAACCUUACCUCUAAGACCCGUUCCACUGCGAUCGUGAUGUGAAAUAUAUGAAUCUACACAUGCUUCACAGCCAAGAAGAGCCAGUCACCACAGCAUCAACCACUUACGAGAGUAUCACUGGUCUUGCUGGGAAUGUCAACCCUCAGAUUGAUCUAUUCGCAGUUUUGAGAAACGAAGAUAACAUUGAAGAAGUGGAGGCCCCGAUGGCGAUAGAAACGACUUUCUUCCCGCAAGAUCUUCCCUGAAUUUUGCAGGUUCUUGAUAAUUUUACAAAGACGCUAAAAGCAAGCACUCAAAUUUAUGUCGCGAAGAGAAUCGGGGUGGGAUUUGGUUCCUCAAGAAGCGAUAUCUGGUCCAGGGAGGGUUCACUGUAUGUUAUGCACCUCAUCAAGUUCGUCGAAUACUAACUUCAUCAUAGAUAUUUUAAUACUGUCAACAGAGAAACGCAAUUAACACCUCCCCCAGAUUUUAGAGGAGGACUUUUGGCUGAUGAAAUGGGACUUGGGAAAGCCCUCGCCAUGAUAGCACUAAUUGCUCUCAACCCAAUAGAGCCUGAGAUAAAGACCGAAAAUGUUCUAGUAAUUUCACGAGGAUCUAUCAAAACAACUCUAAUUAUUGCCCCGCUUAGUUGUAAGUUCUCUGUCAUUUGAAGGGUUCAGGCAAAUCUGACUUGUAUAGUAUUAGAGCAUUAGCACGGAAAGUUAGAAGAGUUAGUUGAUCGCUUUCUAUUAUGACAACUGCUGAUUUUAGUAGGCAUUUGCGGCCUGGUACAUUGACAUUGUAUAUUUACCACGACCCAGUUAAACCCUCAAUUGAUGUGCUUUCAGGAUAUGACAUUGUCCUGACAACUUACGAAACAAUUGCAGCACAAAUAAAUAAAUUCCAUAAGUCCAAUUCAGUAGAAGAGAUAAUCUAUUCUGUUACAUGUCAUCGAGUGAUUCAAGAUGAAGGUACGUAAGCGAGAGUCCGCCACUAAUGUUAUGCUUCUAACUGCCAGCAGCACAUAUAAUUCGGAAUAGACGCACUUCAAGAGCAAAAUCAGUCUGCACUCUCCCACGGUCAAAUCUUAAAUGCUGGAAUCACUACGAAUCCGAGUUCUGCGCCGACAAAACGAAAAGCUCUUCUUCAAAAUCUAAGGGACUUCAAAACGGAGAAAAGGUAUGUUAACUGCCACAACUGACCAAUUCAAUAGCUUUUCUAAUAGUGGUCUGCCCCAGUGCCAUCUUUCGUACUGGACCUUUACACUUGAUCUCAUCGAAUGUGUGCUGAAUAGUGUCUCCAUUUGCUUCACAAGGGUUGAUGGGAAAUUUUCCCCUGACAAAGAACAGAUGCUAUUCGAAGCUUUCAAACAACAAAUCACGUUCGUGUCAUCCUAGUUUCUAUUACUUGUGGUGGAGUUGGGUAAGUCUACAGCUUGAAAUGUCAAGCAUUUUUGAAAUUAACACUCAAUAGAUUGGAGCUCACAGCCGCAUCCCGUGCAUACUUGAUGGAGCCACAAUGGAAUCCGCAAAUGGAAGAACAGGCAUUAUGUCGCGUAUAUCGCCUCGGACAGAAGAAGGAUGUAACAACAAUACGAUAUAGAAUACUGGAUUCAUUUGAAGAAGUGCUGUUCUAGUUGGUGCUUGUCGUAGAGCUGUUGCUGACUUAUUUAUAGAACGUUGUCACGAUCCAGGAUUGGAAGAAGGAGUUGGCAAAUUUGACAUUUUCGAAUGCAAAACUAUCAGAGAAAGAUGUUGAGGCCGGCCGACUUCAAUAUCUGCGUGCUGCCUUGAAAUGA